AUGACGCCGGAACAAUUGGCACCCUUUGUCAGUGAUGUGACGCUCUUCUCCCCUGCAGAUAUUGACCGUUUGCACCGUAUUCUUUUCCGCCUCCAAGAAGCCUCCAUUAACUUUACACCCACUGCUAUAAUACGCGAAUACGCAGCCAUAUGCUCAGAAAGCCAUAUCUCAACACAAUACGAUGACCCUUGCCUGCGGUGGCUCCUUGACCUACUCGAGAUCGACCCUGACAUUCCCCUCAACGAAAAAUUUCUCGACGUCUUGCAAGAGGCGAACAUAGUGUUGACUACAGACGGAACUACAACGGAUGGGGCAACCGACUACGGAGAUGGACAAGAAAGACGGGUCAACACUGCUGCUUCCAUGCUUUAUCGACCCGGUACAUCUGACUCGAUCGACUCAGUUGAUGAAAAUGAUCCUCUCUGGCAGCAAGCUGUAACCCUCGACAACCGAAAGUUGGCAUCGCAAGCGCUGGAACAAUGGCGGCACAAGCUGCAGCUGCAAAGAGCCGCAUAUUUGGACUACGAAGACCCGGCUAUGAAUGCAGUGGCGGACAGCUUAUACCUACGCAAUCUGGCAAGAAAGGUCUUAUCGCAUUGGCGCAACACCGUCGCGGAAAUCCGCCAAAUGAACAAUGUCGCUAACAACUUUCGCACGCGACGUGAUGCUGUAUUUUCGUUGAAGCACUGGACGUUGGCUACCCGCGAAAUGCUCUUCGUCAAAGUGAGGGAUGAGAGAAUACUCCGCAAAACCCUAGAGAAAUGGCAAGAAAAGACUACGAGCCUCAGAGAGAUGGACGUCGCAGCUGCUGCUUUCCGCGACCGCCAAGCACUUCAAAAUGUCCUGGAAAAGAUGGUGGUCAAGAGGUACCAAAUCAAGCAAGCAGAAGGUCAAGCCGUUCUUGUGUAUGAAGGGAAUCUGAGCCGGAGAGUGCUCCACACAUGGUUGGUGCAGCUGGAGCAUAUUCGAUUGAAUGAACGACGAGCGGAGGCCGCAGCAGACUAUUUUGCAAGCAAGCAUAGUCUCCAGAAAUGGCGGGAGAAGGCCCGACUCCGAGUUGAGGAGAAAAAGGCCGUGGAAACUCGUACGCAUGUUUUAAGCUUUAGAUACUUCCAGAAAUGGCGAGCCGCAACCAGGAAGAGCAAGGAGGCCAAGUACACCGAGGCAUACAAAAACAUGAGAAGAAAGGUCAAGAUGAAUAUCGCUCGAACGGCACUGAACAUUUGGAGGCAGAAGGCCGCCCAGAUCCGUCAAAUGAAUACGACCGCUGAGGAAUUCCGGGCUCGCAAAGACGUGGAGGAUGCAAAACGAACAGCCCACGGUGCAAUUGUAACGAUGUUCAACAAGACCGAACAGAUGCAAGAAGCCAACCUCGAAGCCGAUCUCUUCUUCCGCAAGAAUCUUAUUGAGCACCUUCAAAUCUUUGGCUCGAACUGGCUCGUCCCGACUCGACAGAUGCUCGAGAAUCAGAGGAAAGCAGACGAGUACCGGGCAACAAGAACCGCCAGCUACGCAUUGUCAAUGCUGAGGAAUUGGAGGAAUGCGGCAUUUAGAACAAAGAGGCUCGAGGAGGAUGCUGAUGUGUUAUUCCAUCGUAAUGAGAAGAAGCGGGCUCUUUGGUUUCUCCAGAAAUGGAGGCAGGUGUCGGCUAGCUCGAAUAAUGAAGAGACGGCAAGGGAGGCUUCUCUGAUUCCAGCGACGCCGGCGGCUCGAAGGAACCAGCUGCUGGCCUCUACGACACCUGCCUACACCCCAGCUGGCGCGCUCUUUGGGAGGGAUGUCGGCGCAGUGGAGGAAGAGGAGGAGUAA